AUGGAAAAAUUUGGCAUUAAAAGAAAACGAACCACUAAUUUUUCCCAAGCUGAUCAAAGUCUUUUGGUGGAGCUUGUUGCAGAAAAAAAGCAUAUAAUAGAAAAUACACGAACAGACGGUUCAACUAUUGCAGAGAAAAAUGAAGCAUGGGAAUAUGUUAUGCAAAGGUACAAUGCAUUAUCUUCAAAUGGUACAAGAACAACAAAAGAAUUAAAAGACAAGUAUCACAAUUUAAAGCAAACUUUGAGAAAGAAAAAAGCUGAGAACAAGAAAAAUAUUAUCGGUACAGGGGGUGGUCCAUUUUUGAUCAAUAAACUGAAUGAUUCAGAAGAACUUCUAUCUUCUUUGUUAGUUGAAGAAGGAAUCACUGGAAUGAGUAAUAUUUAUGACAGUGAUUCCGCCAAAAAUUAUGAAAAUAUCCUGGAUGACGUAAUUGUAGAAGAAGAAAUAGAUACUGUGGAUGAAUCAGAUGAUAUUGAAAUUGUUAGUGAAAGUGAGGGUAAAAACAGUUCUUUGGAUAUUCAAAAAACAUCUUCAAAAUGGCAACAAUACUGCCCAAAGGAUUUACGUACAAAAAUGAAUCAAAAACUUCAAGUAAUGAAUUCAAAGAAUGGAAACAUUGAGAAACAAUUAAAGGAAAGCCAAUUAAUACUAAUAAAAAAGCAAAUUGAACUUUGUGACCAGCAAAAGCUACUUUGUGAAUUAAAAAUUAAGAAUCUUCAACGCAGAGCUGCAAAUUAA